CGCUGAGGACUUCCGGAGAGGGUUUUCCCUGACAGCCCGCGGCGUGCGAUCGGGCGAGCGUGGCGCCGGGGAGAGCUGUGUGAGCGCCCCGCGGUUCUGGGAGCGUCAGUUGCGGGCCGGGAGGUUUAGGUUACCGUGGCGGCGCCGCCGCCGCCAGUCUGAGGACUCGGGGCUCGCGUCAGGCGUCCGCAGCGUCCGUGGGGCCGACCUCACUGAAUUGAGGCGUCGCUUCAGGCUUUGGCGCCCCACGGUGGAGUCGGCUUUCCUACAAGGCUUAGUGCGCGCUCGCGGGGCCGGCCGCCCCCAGGUGAGGUGGAGCAGCACCCCGGGGCUGGCCCUGCGCCCUCCCCGCGGCGCGGUGACUAACCACGCACCCUCAGCCUCCCGCGCCGCAGGGAGACGCUGCUGCCAGUCAGCAGGCUCGAGACCCGGGCCCGUCUCCAGCGUCGCGGAAAACACACACACACACACACACACACACACCAGCAGCGCCAGAGCACUCACCCUGGACCAGUCUGAAGGUGUCCGGAGCCAGGGUGGCGCCGUAGGAUUGCAGAAAGGAGGGGCGUUUGGUGGAAUUCUAAAUCGCAGUACCCGAAGCUUCAAUACCGGAUAGGUACUCAGAACUGGGGUCUGCACCCUUUCGACAGUUCAAUCCAAGUUUGGAAUAGAUAUGAGCGAUUUCGAUGAAGAAUUGACAAAGCUUGCUUUGGCAGAGGAUGGCAAGAGAGAAACCUCUGUGUUCUCUAAUCCAGGAAUGCAUUUCCCGUGGCUUCAGGAGCGAAUAGAGACUGUAGUGACUGGAGGGAAGAAGAAGAGGGAUUUUGCUCAGACGACAAGUGCUUGUUUAAGUUUUAUCCAAGAAGCCCUGCUGAAGCAUCAGUGGCAGCAAGCUGCAGAGUAUAUGCACAGUUACUUACAGACCCUGGAAGAUUCAGACACCUACAAGAGACAGAAUGCCCCCGAGGUCAUUUGGAAGCUUGGAAGUGAAAUUCUAUUUUAUCAUCCCAAAAGCAAUGUGGAGACUUUUAAUAACUUUGCUGACCGAAUGAAAAAUAUUGGUGUCCUGAAUUAUUUAAAGAUUUCCUUACAACAUGCAUUGUAUCUUAUACAUCAUGGAAAGCUUGAGGAUGCAAACAGAAAUCUCAGUGAUGCAGAGACAUGGAGAUACGGUGAAAAGUCGUCCUCUCAGGAAGUGUUAAUCAACCUUGUUCAGGCCUACAAAGGGCUUUUACAAUAUCACACUUGGUCCAAAAAGAAAACGGAACUGUCAGAGAUUGAUAAGGAUGAUUAUGCUUACACCUCAGAAACUGGAAACUCGGGCAACCAGAGCUGCAGGACGUCUACAAGCAUCUGUGCACUGCUAAAAACUCCUGGGGUUUGGGAUCCUUUCGUGAAGAGUUAUGUGGAGAUGCUAGAAUUCUGUGAGGAUCGAGAUGGAGCCCGAGAGAUACUCACCAAUUAUGCGUAUGAUGAAAAGUUCCCCUCAAACCCGAAUGCCCACAUAUACUUAUAUGAAUUUCUCAAGAGAGAGAAGGCACCAAGAGCAAAACUGAUAAGUGUUCUAAAGAUUUUGCAUGAGAUUGUGCCAUCCCAUCCACUAAUGUUGGAAUUCCACACGUUGCUUAGAAAAUCAGACACAGAAGAACACCAGAAGUUGGGCCUGAGCGUGUUAUUUGAAUUCCUUGAUUUUGCCGGAUGCACUAAGAACAUAACUGCUUGGAAAUACUUGGCAAAGUGUCUGAAGCAGACAUUAAUGGAAGGCCAUCUGGUAUGGGUUGAAGAAGAGUGGAUGUCUAGAAGAAGCUGGUGGCCCACCUUUCACUUCAGCUUCUUCUGGGCAAAGAGCGACUGGAAGGCAGAUGCUGACUUGGCGUGUGAGAAAGCUUUUGUAGUGGGAAUCCUUUUAGGAAAAGGUUGUAGAUAUUUUCGGUAUAUUGUAAAACAAGAUCAUGAAACCUUGAAGAAGAAAAUUAAGCGGAUGAAGAAGUGUGUCAAAAAAUAUAGUAUUGUAAAUCCAGGUGUUUGCACCUAGAUUGCUUGUCUACAUGCUGGUAAUGGGAUGUGUGUCCAAGAUCAGGAGGGAUGAGGUGUGAGAUGAAGACGCUCUGCAGACUGGUGCAUAGAGCGCAUGCAGGAGCUGCGUUCUGUCAUCAGGUACAUCUGUCUGUAUGCAGACUUCAGGAGAGGAGCAUGGCUGAAAGUAGACUGCGGAGAGACCUAAAGGUACAGGACAACUGUAGCUCAGGAGAUGACUUCAUUCAUAAAAUCAGGUCAUUGUAGUGGGCCUUUAUCCAAAUGGCUGUGUUCUCCUAAGAAAAGGACAAGUGAACACAGGCAUGCACACAGGAAAAAUGGCGUGUGAGCAUGAAGGCAGCAUUUGGGGUAGCACAGCACUACUAAGCUAUAGCUGCAGAAGAUGGCUUGUGAACCCCCAAGCUGGAAGAGACACCUGGAACUGAUUCUCCUCAAGCCCUCGGAAGAAAUGGCCCUGCUGACACCAUGACCUCAGGGCCAUCAGAACUGAGAGGCAAUAAAUCUUCUCAUGAGAAUCUU